AAAUUUUUAAUUGUUCAAUGCCUUUUUUUUUAAAUUCUUCUAAACCCUAGGUACAUGUCCGGAGCGCCGGAGCUUGUAGCUUGUUUACACUUCCCCUUCUGCCAGUGCCGCUCCGUCUAAUUCGGGAACCCUACAAGCAAAUAGGUUCCCUCUCAGAGUUCACAUUUCCACGCUUUUCUUUCUAAAUUUGAGUGUGUUUUCCUCUUGGUGUAGAUUUCUUGGGUGCCAUGGCUGCCAAUAACAAUGCGCCCUCGGGUUUGGAUAAAGAACAGGCAGAUAUUUGGAAUGGCCGAAAAGGAGAUGGAAUAUAGGGUCGAGUUGUUCAACAAGCUGACUCACACCUGUUUCAACAAAUGUGUUGACAAAAGGUACAAAGAGUCUGAGCUAAAUAUGGGUGAAAAUAGUUGCAUUGACCGCUGUGUUUCAAAAUACUGGCAGGUGACUAACCUAGUCGGACAGCUGCUUGGUUCCGGUAGACCUCCAAUGUGAUUCAAGUGUAUUGUUUUCUGCUGCAAUUUGAUCCACCCGGGAGCUAGGCUUGGUUGGCUACCCAAAGGGAACAAGAAGUUGAAUACUAUGCAAGAUCUUUAUUUUGCCUAUGACGAUGCUGAGGUUGAUGUUUCGUUUAAAAAGAUUAAUAUCUUUCGUGAGUUUGAGCUGGCCCAUGGUUAGCAUUAGAAAUAAUUUUUUUGUCAACUUCAUUCUUCAUUUUAUAAUUAUUAAUAUACCAAUCUUCCAAAUUAAGCAAA